AUGCAGAAGGGGAUGCGUCUGAGCGACGGGCACGCCGCCUACCUGGCGCUGCUGGCCAAGAAGGAGGGCGGCCGGCGCGGCUACCUGGGCAAGCGCAGCGCCGACACGGCCCGCUGGCAGCCGCGCUGGUUCGCCCUGCUGCACAACCUGCUCUUCUACUUCGAGAGCGACGCCAGCGCCCGCCCCGCCGGCCUCUACCUGCUGGAGGGCUGCGCCUGCGAGCGCGCCCCCGCCCCCAAGCCCAAGGAGCCCCAGGACAAGCAGCACUAUUUUACUGUUAAUUUUAACCACGAGAACCAGAAAUCCCUGGAGCUGAGGACGGAGGACUCCAAGGACUGUGACGAGUGGGUGGCUGCCAUCAGCCAUGCAAGUUAUAGGACGCUUGCCACAGAGCAUGAAGCGUUAACCCAGAAGUACCUCCAUUUGCUUCAGAUUGUGGAAAGCGAGAAAACGGUUGCCAAGCAACUCCGGCAACAAAUCGAAGAUGGAGAAAUAGAGACGGAGCGCCUGAAAUCAGAGAUUGCUGCUUUGCUGAAGGAGAACGAGCGCAUCCAGUCCAACCAGACGAACAUUCCCAGUGACGACGACAGCGACAUCAAGAAGAUCAAGAAGGUCCAGAGCUUCCUGCGGGGUUGGCUGUGCAGGAGGAAAUGGAAGACCAUCAUCCAGGACUACAUCCGCUCCCCCCACGCAGACAGCAUGAGGAAGAGGAACCAGGUGGUCUUCAGCAUGCUGGAGGCUGAGGCAGAGUACGUGCAGCAGCUCCACAUCCUGGUGAACAAUUUCCUGCGCCCGCUGAGGAUGGCAGCCAGCUCCAAAAAGCCCCCCAUCACCCACGACGAUGUCAGCAGCAUCUUUCUGAACAGUGAAACAAUCAUGUUUCUGCACCAGAUCUUUUACCAGGGCUUGAAAGCGCGGAUCUCUAGCUGGCCCACCUUGGUGCUGGCCGAUCUCUUUGAUAUCCUGCUGCCCAUGCUCAACAUCUACCAGGAGUUUGUCCGGAACCACCAGUACAGCUUGCAGAUUCUCGCCCACUGCAAACAGAACCGGGAUUUUGACAAGCUACUCAAGCACUAUGAGGCCAAGCCGGACUGCGAGGAGAGGACGCUGGAGACCUUUCUGACAUACCCCAUGUUCCAGAUUCCCCGGUACAUCUUGACUCUGCACGAGCUCUUGGCCCACACGCCCCAUGAGCACGUGGAGAGGAACAGCCUGGAUUAUGCCAAGUCCAAGUUGGAGGAGCUCUCCAGGAUAAUGCAUGAUGAAGUGAGCGAGACAGAAAACAUUCGGAAGAACUUGGCAAUUGAACGGAUGAUUAUCGAGGGAUGCGAAAUCCUCUUGGACACCAGUCAGACAUUUGUAAGACAAGGCUCCCUCAUCCAGGUGCCCAUGUCUGAGAAAGGGAAGAUCCCCCGGGGGCGCCUGGGCUCUCUCUCCCUGCGGAAGGAGGGUGAGAGGCAGUGCUUCCUCUUCUCCAAGCACUUGAUCAUCUGCACCAGAGGCUCUGGGGGGAAGCUGCACCUGACAAAGAAUGGUGGCGUCAUCUCCCUCAUAGACUGCACUCUGGUGGAAGACACAGAGAGCACGGAGGAGGAGGCAAAAGGAUCUGGACAAGACAUCGACCACCUGGAUUUCAAGAUUGUGGUGGAACCCAAGGCUGGCCCAUCGUACACCGUGAUCCUUGUGGCGUCCUCCAGGCAAGAGAAGGCUGCAUGGACCAGUGACAUCAGCCAGUGUGUGGAUAACAUUCGGUGUAACGGCCUCAUGAUGAAUGCCUUUGAGGAAAAUUCAAAGGUCACCGUUCCCCAGAUGAUCAAGUCUGACACCAGCCUGUACUGUGAUGACGUCGACAUCCGAUUCAGCAAGACCAUGAACUCCUGCAAAGUCCUCCAGAUCCGCUAUGCCAGUGUGGAGCGGCUUUUGGAGAGGCUGACGGACCUGCGGUUCCUCAGCAUAGACUUCCUCAACACCUUCCUGCACUCUUACCGGGUUUUCACCUCCGCCAUGACUGUUUUGGACAAGCUAAUCACCAUCUACAAGAAGCCAAUCAGUGCAAUCCCUGCAAGGUCCCUGGAGCUGCUCUUUGCAAGCAGUCAGAACACCAAGCUCCUCUACGGGGAGCCUCCCAAGUCUCCGCGUGCCAACCGCAAGUUCUCCUCUCCGCCCCCCCUCUCCAUCACCAAGUCGUCUUCGCCCAGCCGGAGGAGGAAGCUGUCCCUGAACAUCCCCAUCAUCACCGGGGGAAAGGCCUUGGACCUGGCUGCCCUCAGCUGUGCCUCCUCCAACGGCUAUGCCAGCAUGUACUCCUCCAUGUCCCCCUUCAGCAAGACCACCCUGGACAUUAACAAGCUCUACGUCUCCAGCAACUAUUCCAACAAACAGCCGGACGAGGGGGAAGGGCCUGCCGAGAAGCUCGAGGAUACUUGCUGCUUGUUGCUCCCAGGUGCAGAGGUGUCUGUCCGAGAGGAGUCAGACACGGAUCAGAACCAGAGUGAUGAAGCCGAAGCGGAGACUUCCCCAACCAAAUCACCCACCACCCCGAAAUUGGUCAGAGGCAAAAACAGCUCAGAAUUCCCUUUGUUCUCAUAUAACAAUGGAGUUGUUAUGACCCCUGGCCGGGAGCUGGACAACAGCCGCAGCUCCCUCUCGGCUGCUUCUGCUUUCGCCAUUGCCACCGCAGGGGCCAACGAAGGCACCCCGACCAAAGAGAAAUACAGGCGAAUGUCGCUAGCAAGUGCAGGCUUUCCUCCAGACCAGAGGAAUGGAGACAAAGAGUUUGUGAUCCGCAGAGCCGCCACCAAUCGGGUGCUGAACGUCCUCCGGCACUGGGUCUCCAAGCACUCCCAGGAUUUUGAAACCAAUGAGGAGCUGAAAUGUCAAGUGAUCGGCUUUCUGGAGGAGGUGAUCCAUGACCCAGAACUCCUGACUCAAGAGAGGAAAGCAGCCGCCAACAUCAUCAGGACUUUGACCCAGGAGGACCCUGGAGACAAUCAGAUCAUGCUGGAAGAGAUCGUGCAGAUGGCAGAGGGAGUCCAGGCAGAACCUUUUGAAAAUCACUCGGCUUUGGAAAUAGCAGAGCAGCUCACCUUGCUCGACCACCUGGUCUUCAAGAAGAUCCCUUACGAAGAGUUCUUUGGGCAGGGGUGGAUGAAGGUCGAAAAGAACGAGCGGACUCCAUACAUCAUGAAGAACACCAAGCACUUCAAUGACAUCAGCAACCUGAUCGCGUCCGAAAUCCUCCGCAACGAGGACAUCACUGCCCGGGUGAGCACCCUGGAGAAAUGGGUGGCCGUGGCCGACAUCUGCCGGUGCCUGCACAACUACAACGCUGUCCUGGAGAUCACCUCCGCUUUCAACCGCAGCGCCAUCUUCCGCCUGAAGAAGACCUGGAUGAAGGUUUCCAAGCAGACAAAAGCUUUGAUUGACAAGCUGCAGCGGCUGGUGUCUUCAGAGGGUCGGUUUAAGAAUCUGAGGGAAGCCCUAAAAAAUUGUGACCCGCCUUGCGUCCCUUAUCUCGGCAUGUACCUCACAGACUUGGCAUUCAUUGAGGAAGGCACACCUAACUAUACCGAAGACGGCCUGGUGAACUUCUCCAAAAUGAGGAUGAUUUCCCACAUCAUUCGAGAGAUCAGACAGUUUCAGCAAACUGCCUACAAGAUAGAGCAUCAGCCCAAGGUCACCCAGUACCUCCUGGAUCAGUCCUUUGUGAUGGACGAGGAGGCGCUGUAUGAGGCCUCCCUCCAGAUAGAGCCCAAACCGCCCACCUGAGCCCAG